CACAAGGGGCUGUGCCUCUGCGGCGUCGGGAGCGCAGCCAUUUUGUUUUGGUCCAGGUUUCCGCUUCUGAGGGCCGGUAAGGUUGCCUACCUAGUUGGGUAAGGAGCCGGGCAGGCGAGGCCAAUGUCGGCAUUUUCGGAAUCGGCGCUGGAGCGGAAGCUGUCGGAGCUGAGCAAUUCUCAGCAGAGCGUUCAGACACUGAGCCUGUGGCUCAUCCAUCACCGAAAGCACUCACCACUUAUCGUCACCGUCUGGGAGCGUGAGCUGCGCAAAGCAAAACCAAACAGAAAACUGACAUUUUUGUAUCUGGCCAAUGAUGUUAUACAAAACAGCAAAAGGAAGGGACCAGAAUUUACAAAAGAUUUUGCACCAGUCAUAGUGGAAGCUUUUAAGCAUGUUUCCAGUGAGACUGAUGAGAGUUGUAAGAAGCACCUUGGUCGAGUGCUCUCUAUUUGGGAAGAAAGGUCAGUUUAUGAAAAUGAUGUUUUGGAACAACUUAGGCAGGCUUUGUAUGGUGAGAGAAAUGCAAGAAAACGCACAUAUGAACAGAUAAAAGUUGAAGACAAUAACUGCUCAGCACCAAGUUCUCCAUGUGAUCCUCCACAGACUUCAGAUCUUAUUAGAGCACUACAAGAACUAGAAAAUGCAGCCUCUGGGGAUGCAGCAGUUCAUCAGAGGAUAGCCUCCUUACCUGUAGAGGUCCAAGAUGUAUCAUUGCUUGACAGAAUUACUGAUAAAGAAUCAGGAGAACAACUUUCCAAAAUGGUAGAUGACGCAUGUAUGUUGCUGGCGGAUUACAAUGGCAGGUUGGCAGCUGAAAUAGAUGACAGGAAACAGCUGACCCGGAUGUUGUCAGAUUUUCUGCGAUGCCAGAAAGAAGUCCUCACAGAGAAAGAGCAAACAUUGGAAGAAUACAAGCACAAGUUAGCCAGAGUUUCUCAGGUUCGGAAAGAACUAAAGUCACGCAUCCAGAGCCUUCCUGACUUGUCAAGACUCCCCAAUGUCACAGGAAGUCAAGUGCAUCUUCCAUUUGCAGGGGAUGUCUAUACUGACGAUUGACAUUCAGCUGUGCUAUCAGAAUGAGGAGUUGGUUGUGUUGAUUGAUACUAUUUUUGUAUACUUAGCACUGAAGUGUUCUGAUUUAUAAGAAAUGUUAAAUGUUGCUUUGUUUACUAUUUUACAGAAAAGUGGUGAAACAGGUACUAUGUUUGUAAGAGGCAGCAUCAGUAUAUUAUUAUGUUAAAGAGAGUGAUUAUUGUAAUUACCUUUUCUAUGGACUGUGAUUAGACUCUUCUCCCACUAGAAAAUUGUUUCUACUUUUUAGGGUUUUGUUGUGUGCGCUUUACUGGACACAGUCUAUAGGAACCUGCACUUCAGUAGCAAAUGGGCAAAAAUAUGGAAAUUGAUCUGAUGACUUGUGCAGCGUUGUUUAAAACUUGACAGUGAUUGUGUCCUUUCUCCAAAAAAGUAAAAUUUUAAUAUAAUGUAACUGAAAAUCUUUGAACAUAGAUACAAAUUAUAUUAAAACAGACCUUGAAUGA